AGCGCUGUUCGCAUUGGUAAAGUGAGAAUGAGUAUCCUGAAAGCCAGGCCUGCAGGCAUGCACUCACCUUUGAGUCGUUUUGCAGCGCUGCCUGACGCAUUCUUUUCUCGGCCUGUUUCUUUGGAGGCCACCUAUUGCCGAUCACAGGUUUCAGGGUAAUCGAAGAGGUUCAUUGCCGUAGAUCUUUUCGAUUACAGCUACCGGCGCUCCUGCAACAUUUGAGGAAUUGCACCAGGCAGUUUCGUGUGUGGUGCGCCGUUUACUUUUUUGUCUAUACAAGCGACAAUAGUAAGUUGUAGUUGUAGUUCCCUUCUGCUUCUACAAGUUCCGAUUUCUUCGCAGUGCAUGCAGGACGGUAUGAUGCGGGUCGCACUGGUUGCAAAAAAGGCCAAGAUGGCUGGCGGCCAGGCGUCCGUUGCUCGAAUGGCCUGCCAGGGCUUGGCACACCCCCGAGGUAAGUUCUGUGUCUCCGGACUGCACCAGAUGGGAGCAGCCGAGUGCAACGGCGGAAUCACCUUCGUCGAGAACCUCGCCUCAGUAUCAUCUUCGAAGCGGUUUCUGUCCUCGAGUGUGGAUUCGUCUUCGUUGCGAGCCGUUGCGACUUCGGGUCUGCACCCCGUCGCGGGCACGGCCGCGCAGCCGACCUCGCACCACGAACUUCCCUCCGCUAGCGCGCCCCCGCAAGGAGGAUCCUCCUCAAGCUCAGCAGGCGCAUAUAGUGAGGAUGAAGAUGGCACCUGGACCUGGUCGUCAUUCUGGCAACACCGCGGAGUCCGAUUGAUUCUCGGUGGCUGGCUGUUCUUCACAGUGGAAAAUCUCGUUCUCUCCGAGAACCGACAGUGGAUUAUCGCAAAGGCGGGGGACGCGGGGUACCAUUUUCUGUAUAAUACAGGUAGCACACUGUCCCUGGGUUGCAUCGCGCUCGGCUACCUCAGACACGGCCGGCGGCAAGGCCCUCGGCUCUGGCAGGUCACCCGCACUAUGCGAACCGCGAGCGUUGUCACUUCCCUGUUGGGCGCAGUCGGGCUGGCCCAGGUAUUGCCGUCCCUGCGCAACCCAAUUUCAUUUCUCGGCGAUUUGCUUGUCCCCCCCGUCGCCCGCGAUUCUGGUGAUGACGCACUGCAGCCGGAAAGCAAAGCGGCGGCAAGGCGCGCAAGUACAGUAGAGUUUCUUGAUAGAUUCGGUUUGCCAGGAGCAGGUAGUUCGGACACAAGGAAGCGUGUAUCAAGUAGGAUCUGUGACUAUUGGUUUGAGCAACAAGCGCGGAGCGCCGAAACCGCUUUAGCAAGAGGAAACUGACCGGUUCGAAAAUUUCAAUUCGAAUUCCACAUUUUGCUUACGAGGUCUGUGCCCGAUGGAUUUUGCCGCUGACAGGGAACGCGAGCGCCAGAGCCAGCAGGUGACAACGGUAUACGGUGUGAGGCGCAUUACCCGACAUGCAUCGCUCUGGUCGCUGGCGCUUCUUUCGCUCGGUUGCGCGUUGCGCACCCCAUUCGCAACAGAGGUCUGUUUAUUCGCGGGCCUGCUGCCUUGUGUUUGCUUUCUUGGAUGGCACAUGGACUCUCGCUUUCGCAGGCAGCUGGGCGGAGACAUGUUGUCGCAUCACGGUGCGGACUGGCCGCUCACAAGUCACAUUCCUUUUUUGGCUAUCGUGAUGGGAGAGCAAGAGUUUCUGCCUAUGUUGAACGAAGUAAAGCCGACGAACACGUGUGUGGCAGCCGCGGGCGUUUUACUGUAUGCGAUAACGCAUUUCCGCAAAUAA